CUGGAGGCAGGAGGGAGCCGUUCCCCUAGGCAGGCAGAGCCGAGGCAGCGGCGAGCAGCCUGGUGCCACGUCGUGCCACCCCCUCCUUCCCGGCCGGGGCACCGAGGCCGCAUCCCCGCCCGCAUCCCGGCCCGCAUCCCUCCAUCCAUCCCCGCUCCGCGUUUGCGACGGCGGCGGCGGGAGCCCCUUUGGCGGAUGCUGCGCGUCUCCCCGGGCCGCUGGUGCUAAAUGCUGAGCGCCGACAGGAUGGAGGAGUUUCAGAGCGAGGAAGAGGAGCCCUGGUACGACCAGCAGGACCUGGAGCAGGACUUGCACUUGGCUGCAGAGCUGGGGAAGACGCUGCUGGAGCGCAACAAGGAGCUGGAGGACUCCCUGCAGCAGAUGUACACCACCAACGAGGAGCAGGUGCAGGAAAUCGAGUACCUGACCAAGCAGCUGGAGAUGCUGCGGCAGAUGAACGAACAGCACGCGAAGGUCUACGAGCAGCUGGACCUGACAGCACGGGACCUGGAGCUGGCUAACCAGAAGCUCGUGCUGGAAAGCAAGACAUCCCAGCAGAAGAUCCAGUGCUUGACAGAAACAAUCGAGGGGUUGCAGAACCAGGUGGAGGAGCUGCAGAAGCAGGUGGAGGAAAUGAGGAGCUUGGAGCAGCUCCGAAUUCGGCGGGAGAAGAGGGAGCGGCGCCGAACCAUCCACACCUUCCCCUGCCUCAAGGAGCUGUGCUCCAGCCCCAGGUAUGAGGAUGCAUUCCAGGUCCACAGCCCCUCCACGGAGUUCAACCAGAUGCCACUGGAGAGGGAGAACGAGCGUCUCCAAGCCAUGGUGAACUCCCUGAGGUCCCAAGUCAACCAGGAGAAGCAGCGGAAGGAGCGGGUGGAGCGAGAAUACACCUCAGUUAUUCAGGAGUACUCGGACCUGGAGCAGCGGGUGUGCGAGAUGGAGAACUGCAAACUGCGCAUCAAGGAGCUGGAGGCAGAGCUCCUGGAGCUCCAGCAGAUGAAACAAGUCAAGAAGUAUCUGCUCAGCAGAGAAGACAACUUGUCCGAGGCCCUCCUCGAGCCGCUGAAUAACGCCCCAGAAGCGGACUACAUCGACCUCUCUGAGGAGGAGGGAGGAAAAAGCCACGGGCCAUCCAUGACACCCUCCCCGAACCACCCCGUGAGGAAGAGCUGCAGCGACACGGCCCUCAACGCCAUCGUCGCCAAGGACGCCGUCAGCCGGCACGAGGGCAACUACACCCUGCACGCCAACAGCGUGAGGAAACGGGGCAUGUCCAUCCUGAGGGAGGUGGACGAGCAGUACCACGCCCUGCUGGAGAAGUACGAAGAGCUCCUCAGCAAAUGCCGGCAGCACAAGGACAGCGUGCGCCACGCGGGGGUCCAGACGUCCCGGCCCAUCUCCCGGGACAGCUCCUUCAGAGACUUCCGAGGAGAGGGACACGAGCUGGAAGAGCGGAAGAGCAUGGAGAAGACCAUCAGCAAGCACGUGGAGGCCGUGGACAAGAGGCUGGAGCAGAGCCAGCCCGAGUACAAGGCUCUUUUUAAGGAGAUCUUCUCCCGCAUCCAGAAGACAAAAGCAGACAUCAACGCCACGAAGGUGAAAAACAAGAGCAGCAAGUGAGUGUCCUGCCUCCCUGCAGCUCCCACCUGCCACGUCUUCUCUUCAGCCCCAGGAAACGCCACGUGGCCCCACUGCUUUGAAGGUUCCAGAGGUCUACAAGUAAGAAAACGUCAUGGAGACUCAGCUCACUGUUUUGUUGGGUUUUUUUUAAGCUUGAGCUCUGGACAACUCCUUGGGACAACUGUACAUUGUAGUUAGAGGGUUUCAGACACGGACCUCUGCGUGAGGUGCUGCCAGACACCCCAACAGCGACGCAAACCACACCAUGAAAUAUAUAAAAAUGAUCACCUCCUCCACCCUCUUCUGCUCUACAGCCUGGUUAUCUGCAGGCAGAAGCCUGGAUGGCCUCCAGGAUCCUGCCACAGCAAAGUAAAGCAAAAAAAGCCAUUCAGGGGCUGCUCCAGCACACCAGCCCAACCUUCCAUUUUGGUUUUAUGGCUAAAAACCACCCCUUGCACCCAAGAGACUUCCGUCCAGGCCUUCCCCCUCCCCACAGGGCAGUAUCUUCUUGCUAUUGAAGCCAUUCUCUUAUCAGUCAGGUUUUUCAGCUCUUUACAAUGCAAGCUCCUUGCAACUGGAAAAACUUGAAACCUAACACUGAUUGUUCAGUCUCCAUCAGCAUCACCUUGUAUCUCAGUCCAUACCCUCCAGACUUCGUAGGCAAAUGGGAUUUCCUCGCUUUUAACCUGCCCCAGCAUCUCAGCCCAGGUGAAGCCCUGUUCCUGGUAGGACCUUGAUGACUAGAGCUUUCCCCUAAGCUGGACAAGAAGUGCUAUCACAGCACCAGAGACUCACUCCCACCUCGGGUCCCAGGCCUCUGGGCUGUGCUCCUCAAGAGGGUGUCAUUGCCCCAGCGUAGCAAACCCCUCUGAUCCACCUUGCAUGGGCUUGCCAAGCUGACCACCAGUGACCCGCAUGCAAGCAGAGGGAUGGAGCCUCUGGGGGGGGUGUCAGGAGCUCUGGCAGCAGCACUGAUCACACCUUCCCCCCCCCACAUGCUCUGAACAUCUCCCCCGUCAAGAGGACAGAUUCCAGUUCCCUGCUGAAAAGAACCUUUCCUUGGCUGGGAUUCCUGUCUCCAAAGGCUGUCACCCCUCAUGCUCCACUUCACUUUCCAGCACUGAAAUCUCCUCACUUUUGCUUCCACAGACAUGCAAGCACAGCCAAAAGGCCACAGCAGUCUCAGGAAUCACCAGUUCCCAUUUUUCAUCAACUAGAUGUUGACCUUCUAUGGUCAGAUGUGCAUUUUGGGCAGAGAAGCAGAAUUUCAGUCCAACUGAGGCAACACCCCGAGCGUUGAGCCACGAGAAACCAGCAGUUCAGGGUCAGCUACCUCUGCUGUCCCUGCCUGGAGACAAACUUCAGGCCAGAGCUGGAUUCUAUUCCCACCUGCUUACAUCCCAAAAAUCUUGGGGAAACGGUUGGGAUGUUUGCAUCAUGGAGAUAAAUACAAGAGAACAUGGCUUUGGAGGGGACAGCUGCUAAAAUGUAAUUAUCCUCCAAGUCUCCUGGAUUCACUCCCCAUAGAAUUAAUGCAAAAAUACCCCCCCAAAUCCCCUCUUUUCUUAAGCUGAGCACCAUGGAGGUAAGUUGGCAGGAGUGUGAUGCCCAAACCACACCUGGUCCAGAGGUCUCCUCCUCAAACACCCACCACCAACCACUCCACUCUUCCAUGCUCUGCAUUUCCAGGUGCCCGAUGGCCCCAGACUCAAAAAUAAAACAAACCAUGAGGAGCCAAAUGCACGACUGUGGCUACCAGCUCUGCAACAGUAUGGAGAACCUUCAUGCCUUAUUUAUUUAUAAUGGAAAGCAGUUGAAUAAUAAAAAGAACAGAAAUAAAAACGAGCAACAGAAGCAGCGUCGUCGAUUUUCUCACCACCCUUUUGAUUCAACACUGGGAGCAGGGGGUGGGGGGAGCAGUGUUGGGGUCAGUCAGGCCAGUGUUUACUCUGCAGUCAUUGGGCUGCUGCAGAGGUGGGGGGGGAAAGGAGCAGCUCCCCUUCCAUGUAAGAGGAGCCCCUCU